AUGCGUGAAACUUAUCGGGAAAACACUGUGAAAAACCUCGGCGUAAAGCACGUUUUGAACGUUCACGAUGUCGAACUGGUGGCGAGAGGCGAUGGAGAGUAUGCACCACAGGGUCACCUCAGUGCUUGGCAAAAAUUUAUCAAACUGAUAGAAGUUCCGCAUGAGGGGAAGCCUCUUUCUUCACUUCGAAACCCUGAUCUCGAACCAAUAUCAUCAAAAGAGCGCACAUGGGGAUUUUGGUCAUAUUUCGCGUACUGGGGUCUUCCUAAUUUUGCAGUGGCAACUUUCUCAACCGGAUCUGCUUUAUUAGCACUUGACUUAAAUAUCCAACAAUCUAUUGGUGCUCUGGUUAUUGCUAAUGUGAUCAUAGCUGGCUUCACAAUAUUAAACUCUAAUCCUGGUAUUAAAUUUCAUAUUGGAUAUACACUCAGUCAGAGAAUGAUUUUCGGAAUUUACGGAUCAUACAUUGGGAUCAUCUUUCGUGUUGGCAUAUCUGUAAUACUUUAUGGCUAUCAAGCAUGGCUUGGAGGACUCUGCAUGAAUAUGGUAUUUGACUCGUUCUCCAAAGGGUACUUGAACAUGAAAAACACGUUUCCAGAAUCGGUUCCUAUGACGACAAAAGACUUUGUGGGCUUUUUCUGUUUUCAACUGAUUCAAAUGCCAUUCGCCUUUGUGAGACCCAGUCGGGUGAAUAUCCCCUCCAUAGUUGCCUGCUUUAUGACGCUUUUUGCUAUCAUUGGGAUGCUUGCUUACCUUGUCUGCAAAAAUGAUGGCCCAGGCCCACUUUAUUACGAAAAUGUCACACUUUCUUUUAGCGAAAGGUCCUGGAUGUGGUUGUAUGCUAUAACAAUUUGGUACAGUGGUGUCUCUCCUGCAGUUGCAAACCAGUCGGACUACUCUCGCUUUGCUUCAGGAGAGCUGUCUUGUUAUCUGGGUCUCUUUUUUGGCACAGUUCUGCCUGGAACUUUUGUUUCACUUGCUGGCAUGUUAUGCGCGUCAGCAUGUAAACAGCUAUACGGCACGGCGUAUUGGACGCCCAAUGAAAUUGUAGAGCAAUGGCUGAGCACAGAUUAUUCUAGCAAGGCUCGGGCGGCAGCCUUUUUCAUUGGAAUAGGUUUUACAAGUUCGCAAGUUUUCUUGAACCUUACUCAAAAUGGUUAUGCUUGCGGAAUGGAUUUAGCAGGUAUAUUCCCUCGUUUCAUUGACGUCACUAGGGGCACACUAUUCGUUCAAUUGAUAUCCUGGGUAGUGCAACCUUGGACCUUUUUCAAUACGUCUUCGACGUUUUUAAAUGCCAUGAGCUCCUACGGUAUAUUCGUGACGCCAAUCAUGACUUUGAACAUCAUUGAAUUUUAUUGGAUUCGAAAAUCAAAGAUUACAUUAAUAGAUUUUUUUACGUCAUCCAAAAAAGGAGCGUAUUGGUAUUCACAGGGAACUGACUGGAAGUCUACUUUUUGUCUCAUAACUGGCGUUGUUUUAGGGAUACCUGGUCUCGUUUAUCAAGCAAGGCCGGAGCUCAAGGUUAACUCAUCUAUGAUGAAUUUCUACUACGGCUAUAUUUUCUUCAUUCCGAUAAUAACAGGCGGAUUGUAUGGAUUACUGUCCUUACUUUUCCCUACUACUCACGAAAAAACAGGCCAGAUAGACGUCGUAGACUACUUCGACUGUUUCUCAGACUCAGAACUAUCAAAAUUCGGAAUGCUUCCGUUUUGUGAUUCGCAUAGUAACGUGUUCGAGUACAUUGAAGCUCAGGAGCUUGAUCAUUUCGACAAUACUGUUUCUGGCAAAGGAAGCGAAAAAUAG